AAGGUGAGCAGAGCAGAAACGUGCACCUCCCUGAGAAGCAAAAGUCUACGCGAGGUCCAUCGUCAUUAUGCCGACCAACAGCAAGGAAGCGCAAAGUGUGGAUUCGACGCACAAAUCUUCCUGCUAUUUCGACCCUUCGAUCUUGAAAACUGCCAAAAAGCCUGGCUACUUUCACAAACUUGAAGCUCUAGAAUACGUCCAUUUCAAGCGGCCCGCUAGCGAUGAACAUCAGUACCUCGACAUUGGCUGCGGUUCUGGAGGAUUCACCAAAGAUGCGCUACUCGAAAAAGUGCAUCCCUGUCGGAGGAUCGUUGCCGUCGACAGAGAAGAGAUCUUACUGGAGUACGCACGCAAGCACGCUAGUCACUCGAACAUUUCCUAUGAGUUGUUUGACAUUGAGAAGGAUGACCCACGGGCUCUAAUUGACAAAUACGGCCAGUUUGACCGAAUAUACUCCUUCCUUGCUCUUCAGUGCGUCCGAGACCUGAAGAAUGCUUACCGAAACAUGUUUUCUCUGCUGAAACAAGGCGGUGAAGGAGCUCUCGUUACGCUUACGGGGUCGGUCAUCACAGACGUCAUGAACGAGCUCCAUUGCACAAGAGAGUGGAAGGACUACGUUCCGGAUCCGACAGAGUUCUAUUCUGAACGCUUCUUCUUCGAUGCUCCGAUUGUGGCAGAAAUGGUUGAGGAAGCAGAGCGAGAGGCCUCAGCUGUUGCAGGGCUAAACCUCGUGUCCUGCUCUGUUUACGACAGUCAGUGGAUAAUGCCAAACGUGGACGCCUGGAUUGACCUCUACGUGCCCGUUUUCAAGCUGGACGCCAAGAUUCCGGAAGAAAAGCGUGGAGCCUUUCGCAAGUAUUGCAGAGACCUGCUCGAAAAGAAGACUACAUCAAGAACCGAGGGGGUCACCAUGAGACACAGUUUUGUUGUCGUGCACUUGGAGAAACUUUCGGAGAAUCCGCCGAAGGCCAACCCUAUUUCCACUUAAAACGUGGCGUUUGACUAUAUUAUUGAGCAGUCCAUGAUGGCAAAAGUAUAAAUAAGUAAGCAAAGGUCAACGCACCUCUACAGCCGGAAACCGUGCUGCGAGUGUGCGUUAAAGCAUCUUGAUAUACAUAUAUAUAUAUGCUUUCCAUCUCUGACAAUUUAUCUUGAAAAAACGCUUCUCUGGACUCAAGCGGGCUCGUGUAUUGCCCUAGUGUUACGUAUUGUAUGUUUAUCGUUUUCUCUCACGAUUUACUGUGCCGAAGCUUGUCAAGCUGCCCAUGAGAAAUCUUGUAGCAUCUUGCAUCUGUAACUUCUUACAAAAAUAAAAAAGGUGAUUAUUUUCUGGU